AUGAAUGAGACUUUCCUGAAUUCCUAUGUCCAGAUGCUCACCCAAAACGUCUCCCUGAUAAACACACCAGACACGGCUCUCAAGGUGCUGAGCAUCCUGGCCACGUUCGUCUGCGUGUGCGGCAUGAUGGGCAAUGGCCUGGUGGUCUGGCUGCUGAGCUGCCCAGGGCAGAGGACCCAGUUCUGCACGUACAUCCUCCACCUGGCCGUGGCUGACUUCCUCUUCCUCCUCUGCACAGCCGUCACCCUCUAUCUCGACCCCACCCUGCUGGCCUAUGAGGUGAUGGAGAGAGCAAGGUCCUUCACCUACACCACCAGCCUGACCCUCCUGACGGCCAUCAGCAUGCAGCGCUGCCUGUCUGUCCUCUUCCCCAUCUGGUACAAGUGUCACCGGCCCCAGCACCUGUCAGCCGUGGUGUGUGCCCUGCUCUGGGUGCUGUCCCUCCUGAUGAACAUGCUGGUCUCACUCUUCUGCAGGAAGUUCUGGUUCAGCCCAAGGCAGUGUUACACGGUGGACUCCAUCUUCAGUUUCCUCAUCAUGGGGAUCUUCACCCCAGUGAUGACCCUGUCCAGCGUGACCCUCUUCGUGCGGGUGCGGAGGAGCUCACAGCAGUGGGGGCGGCCGCGGCCCACGCGGCUGUACAUGGCCAUCCUGGCCUCUGUCACGAUGUUCCUCCUCUGCGCCCUGCCUCUGGGCAUCAGCUGGUACUUCCUCUAUUGGCUGGACCUGCCCCAGAACUGGAAGAUUCUUUUCCACCACAUGGCAUGCCUCUCCUCGGCCCUGAGCAGUAGUGCCAAUCCUGUCAUCUACUUCGUGGUGGGCAGCCAGGGACGCUGGUGCUUGUGGGAGCCCCCGGGGGCCAUACUCCGCAGGGUGCUGAGGGAGGAGUCUGAGGGGGAGGGGAGGGAGACACCCCCCACCAGCACCAACGAGCUGGGGGCCUGAGAGCCUGGGCGCCCCAGGGAUCUGCAUGCUUUCCCUGCCCAGUGUCUGUCUGGCCUGCUGUUAACAGCCCCAAAGCCUUGCCCCUCGCCCUGUUGGAGUCUCUUUCUUCUAGGCCAAAGCCCCCCAUGCCUUGAUGUGGUCUGGCUCUCACAAUGGGACUCAGCUGGGAAGACAAAAUGCAAUUUUUCCUGGGUGUCACAGGGCUCUCCUUCGCUGAGGCCUGGCCUGUGGAACCUGAUUGUCCUCCCAGGCUCUGUGGGUGGGUAGCCUGCUUCCAUUUGAAUGGAGAAGCACAUUCUCCCAGCCUCCUGCUCCCCUCCAAGGACAUCUUUGUGCAGGAGGCAGGGUGUGGUUCCUGUGACUUUGUGGCCUGAUGUUGGUCCUUGGGCACGUGCUGGUGGCAUCAGCUGACCACCAGGGGGAUGCCCGUGGUCUGCCUUCCACCAGGUGUCCUGCGGACCCCUUCCAUGACUGCAGUCCUUGGCCAGCCAUGUCCACCACUGACCAAACUCACUGGCCGUAAGCCAGGAGACAGCCUUGUCCUCCACCUGGCCCAGGACAGCGCUUGACCCUUGGCCUUUGCCUUCAGGUCACUGUGCAGCACCACACCUGGCAACCACGGCAGGUCUGUUUGCUUUGCUCCGGGAGGCUGCCCUGGAACCAGGAGAGCCCCUGCUGACCCCCUGGAGAUGCACAACGGAUCUUGAUGGGACUGUGCCCGGGAGGCAGGGGCAAAAAAACUGGAUAGGGGUCUUCCCAGAGUUGCUACUGGUCCUAAAAAUGUGUAGGAUGUUAGUGACAUUACAAGAAUGGGUUGUGACGGGUGCUGGGUGGCUCAGUCAGCUAAGCGUCUGCUUUCAGCUCCGGUCAUGAUCCCAGGGUCCUGGGAUCGA